GCACAAAAUAACCUAUCAGAGGUACGUAAGAUCUAUUUAAGAGAGUCGGUCGGAUCGCGCCGAACAUUCGAGGUGAAAUCGGCAAUAAAUCAAAAUGCGUUGCUUGAUAAUGUUGUGUGCUUUAAUCGCGGUAGCUCUUGCCGCUCCCAACACCAUCGGAGAUGUCCCGAUAGCCCUGCCCUCGCAUCCUCGUGGCUGCGUGUGGAUCCUCGGAAAAUGCUCAAGGAACUGCGAAGAAGGCACCCACAGCUACACGACCGGCUGCCGCCCGAAGAUGCCUGAGGCUACAUGUGACGUGCCAGUUCCAGUUCAAGAGACACACUCCGUUUGCGACUUCUCCGCGUGCUACUGCGAUCCUGGUACAGUCAGGGACACGAAAACGAAGAAAUGCGUCAAACUCGAAGACUGCUCGAAGUGAUGGAACCAAGCUGUUCUCGUAUAACAUCGCUCAACUAACAAUAUUGCGUAAAUUGAAUUAGCUUAGCAAUUAGAUUUAAAAAAAAAAACACAUUUAAUUUGAAUUAGUCAGCAGUAGUUGAAAUUCGACUAUAAUUAAUUGAAAUUUUAUGUUUAAACAUUACUUUGGUUCUAUUGUCAUAUUAUAAUUCUUUAUUAUAAUCACAGAUUUCGCCAAAGCUACUACACUAGACAGAUAAAUAAUCUGAAAAACAAACAAUAUUUAUCUAUUCUCAAUUUGACAAUAACAAAAGUUUGACAAUUGACAAUAUACAAAUAGUAUAUUUGUAUGUAUGUGUUGUGUCAAAUACAUGGCAGUGUGUGUAAUGUUUUGUUUAUUGAUUUAAUGUAUCUUUUAUGCAUUAUUUAAAAAAAAUAUUAAUAUUGUGCACUUCUCUAUAAGUGUGGAAAAUUUCAUACUCCUCCGUCCGCGCAAUUUUCGUAAAAAGGGAUUCUACAAAGUUUUUGCUUCACGUAUUAAUAUAUAGAUUUAAGUGACACUUCGGUUAAUGACUAAAAAAUCACUACAUAAAUCGUUUAUAGACAUUUUCCUGACAUUAAAUCUCAGAAGAUAUUCCCUUUUUUUGGCUGUUUCAAAGAAGUUUAUUUGAAAUGCGUAUUGUUAGCUAAGCGAUGCAAUGUUUGCAAAUCUAUUAACGGCAUUUGGUGUGGCGAUUCAACGUAAUAAAAAAAAAUUUUAAAGUGUACACUUCUUAAUGGCUUAACGGAAGACAGUGGCUUGGCUCUGUCCCUGACCAUUAGCCACUCACCAUCAGGUGAGCCGUGUGCUUGUUUAUCUACGAUGGCAAUGAAAACAUUACUUCGAAAUCAUGUAUGGUCACAAUAAUUUAUGUGUAUUGCUUCAAGUACAUUGUUUACUUAGAUCGGGUAACAUUAAAUUUAUGUAAUGUUAUGCAAUCACACGAAAAUAUGUAUAUCUCAUGCAAAUCCACGGAACACAAUGAAAUGGAAUGAUUAACAUUAAAGAUGAAAAUAAAAUUUGAUAUUUUUGU